GUGAAGAAGCGGGGAAAGAAGGGGCUGGGUGCCCGAAAGUAUUUACCAUGGGACGUGGAGGAUCGGGAGAUGGGCCAAAUGAGCCCAACCCAAGAAUGUUGAGGGCCAACAUGGCCGCAAAGAACAGUGGGGGUCAAAGAAGUGUAAGAGGAACGAUUCCGUUCGCUACAAGAAGACCCGCAGGAGGGAAUCCUCAAAAGGAACAAGCUCAAGCUUCCCAGCAAGCAGAGGAAGAACCGCCUAUCAUGGUAGAGGGUGAUGAAGACGAGGAUGAGAAAAUUAGGGAGGAAGAAGAGAGGCAGGCGAAAAUCAGAGUUAAGAGAAGGAAAGGUGAAGUUAAGGAAGGAAGGUCCAAAAAGGACGACGCGCCAAGCAAAAAGAGAAAGUACCAGACGUCGAUUGAAGAAGGGGUGGACCUGGAAGGUCUAGUAAAUAAGUUACUAGAAGGUCACAACGAAUUGCUAAAUCUGAAGGAAAUUCUAGCUUCGGCUCCUAAGUUAAGAGAAAUGGUAAAGGCAAGGUUAUCACGCCGGAGAGUGGCCUCGGUUAGGAUGGGGAACCUGAUUCCCAAGGAGGCAAACUGGAGCGUGGCUGGAAGCAAAAUGGACUGGAAGUUCGUAGGAACCGGAUUCAUUGAUGUUAUGAUAAAAGGAAAGAUGUGUCCUGGGAUGGUCGACACCGGGGCAGAAAUGAACAUUAUAAACGGAGAAACGGCGGUGAAACUAGGACUGGAGGUAGAUGAAAACGACUGCGGGUUUCUCAAUGGAGCCAGCGGCAAGACCGGGUACACGGGGGUUGCGUCGAAUAUGGUGAUAGAGAUAGGAAGAGUCAAGAUACGUACGUGUUUUUACGUCAUGCCCAGCUUGGAUCUCCCAAUAUUAUUGGGCAGGUCAUUCCUGUGCAGAUUCGAAUCGCUCAUUAUGAACAAGCACGACCACACCAUGUUCGUCAUCUUGUGCGAUCCUGCCAGUGGGAACUUUGAGGUUAUCACCUGUAGGAAUACCGGCCCACAGAGCUCGAAGAACAGGCUCAAUACCGGAUCCUACACAUUCAAGGAAUCAGAGAAUAGGAGGAGAGAACUGGAAUGGGACGAAGGAGAAGAGGAGUCAGAUGAUGAGGAAGCUAAAGGGCUAGUACUGAGCCUAACUAAUAUCAGUGACGCAGUGGAACUGGUAUCGGCCUAUAGGAUGGCUGAUCCGGACGCAGUCAGGGCGCUAGCAGAAAGGAUACAAGACGAUCCAGAAGGGAGAAGGGUCGAUCUCGCUUACCGACCAGUAUUCAGAUGGGUGCAAGACCUCCAACGACUGAACGCGGUAACUGUAAGGGAUGCAAGAGGUUUGCCUAACGCUGACCAGUUGCCAAAAGCCUGUGCAGGUAGGUCGAUUGUGUCCCUCAUCGACCUCUAUUCUGGAUACGAUCAGUUUCCAGUCUAUCCGGCAGACCGUCCCAUCACGUCAAUGCACACGCCAAGGGGAUUAGUCCAUAUGAAUGUCGCACCGCAAGGAUGGACCAAUGCCGUGGCCAUGGUGCAAAGAAGCAUGAUCAGAGUGAUGCAGCCCAUCAACUCUCAGAUCACUGAACCGUACAUAGAUGAUCUUGCAGUUAAGGGCCCGAUUGAGAAAGAUGAGUCAGAAGUGGCUCCAGGGGUGAGAAGGCGUGACCCUUGGAAAAAAGAGGCCAUGGCGCAGAGAGGAGCGGUGGCAGGGCCCUCUGGACCUACCUUGAGAAAGGGCGGGCAGAGGAGGGAUCAGAAAGUCUCAAGGAGCAUGAAGGUGUUGCUCGUCUACAGGGCUGGAGAUAACCUGCGAGUGUUCUUACGAGAUUUUGAGGAGUACAGGUUCAGAAGAGAGUGGGGAGACAAGGAAAAACUCGCAAACGUGACUGGAACAGGAGUAUACAAGAGAAAGAUUGAAGGAACGGCAGCAGGAUGUACGAGGUGGAAGGCUUGCAAGUGGAGAUUGGAAGGAAAGGGGUACAGGAGAAAGGGACUGAGGAGGAAGGAGGAGCAAAGGGAAUGGGAAAAGGGAAGAAGAUCCAGGAAAGAGGCAGGGCUCCAAGAGUUGAGAGGACUGAUGGAAAGGGGGCCAAUUGGAGACAGAGGGGGGAAGGAAGGAGAGAAGGGUGAAAAGGAGGGGAAGUUGAGAAGGGUCAAGGAAGUGGAAGCUGAAGUGGGAAAGAGAAUAGUAGAGUAUGGAGAGCCGUUCCCGUUGAGACAAGAGGUGGAGGAAGGGCAGGUAAGUAAGGAGGAAAAUGCUGAAAAGAACAGGAAGAGGAAAGGAUGGAGGGAUUAUAUGAUCAAGAUGCUGCAGUAUAACGACUUGCCUGUGAACUCUACAUGGGAUGUCAGAUUUGAGAGGAUGCUCCUCUCAGAGCUGGUGGUGAGCUCAAGUCACUCAGAUAACUUGCAAAAAAUGAUGGAGCUGCACAACUUGUUGGAUGAGAAAUGCACCAGGCUCUUUGAGGAUUAUGCUGAGUUUGCUAGAAAGAUGGGGAAGAUGGAAGGAGAAGGUGGAGUAAAAGAGGUUGGGGAAGACUUGGACGCAGUAGGAAAGGGACUCUAGGCAGAACUCAAGGGCAGCACUGAACUCUUCACUCAAGGGUUCUUGGAUUACAUCCCUGGGCUCUUGAAGGAGAUGAGCAGGUUAAGAAAGAAGGAAAAAGAGAGAUACACAGGUGGCGAAGCUGGUAGGAGACAUGGAAGAGAUGAGGAAGGAAGUGAAGGAGCUGAAGAAGGAAAAUGUGAAAUUGCAGAAACAAGUGAGCCAAUUGGGGGCCGCCCUGACUGUGAAAGGCCGAGAAUUGGAGAAUGAAGCGGCCACAAGAGG